AUGAAAUCUUUUGAGCCAUCGACUUCAAACGCGUUGAGGCUUCGGGGACAAAGAGGAGGUGAAGAACUGCAAUAUGGGGUGAUGACAGCUUGGCUAUUAUCGACAUUAGGUGGCACGCGCAAUAAUAAUACUGUAAACGUAAGGAAAAAAGACAUAUUAUCCUUGUCAAUUACCAAGACGUGUAACUUGUUGAAAGACCCUAGUCUUGACCUUCCAUUGAAAUACAUGUCAAACUUGCUAUUGGGAGUAACGUUAUGCUAUAGUCGGAAAACAGAUUUUAUUCUUGCAGAUAUAGCACAUCUUCAAUCACAGCUCCAGAAGCAUUUAAUGGGAUUGAGUAACCAAAGGAAGUCUCGAACUGAUAGAAAGGGUUUAGUGACGACAAUAUUCGAUGGUGUUGAUGAAUAUCAGAACAUAAUUGAGCUACAGAGGGAAAUGUGUCUUCGGAAUGAAACGAAUAGCAUGAAUAACCACUAUCUUACGGACGAUCCUCUCUUCAACAUAAACGAUAUGCGAGAUACCUCUUUUCUAAACCAUCAAAAAGUUGGCUCCGCAAAUUCCUCAUCCUUGAUUAAGCAGCGCGAUAUUUUGAUGGAGUUGAGCAAUGGCUAUAAUGGGGAUGACGACACGCAACACUACCUGUCGCAAGUAAAUAGAAAUUAUUCGCGUUCGAAUCCUGAUUUUGAUGGGACAUCCGGUCUCGAUUUUGAUCUCAACCUCGACUUCGGGGACGUAAUGAGCGACUUUGGAACGCGCUCUAGCUCUUCAACUGAGCGGCAAACAGGUGAAAUUGACAGAACGGAAGACCGUUUUGAAUUAGAUUUUAAUCCUUUGUACGCAGAGUCAGAUUUUAUAGAACGAUCGGAUUUUGAAGAUACAAAUGACAAUCAGCGAGGAGGAUCGAACGCGUCAAAGAGGACAUAUGACCAAGAAACCGAAACAUCAAAGAAUAAGGUUAUCCUUCAAGAGACAGGAUUCAAGAAGCAAAUAAAAAGAAGGAGGUUGAACAAAAACUUCUCCACAAUUAUGUCUGAUGACAAGACUACUUUAUCCACGGAAUUGUUAAGAAAACAUAACGAUGAGUACUGCAAUUUUAUGACCGCCGAAAAAGAUGCUAAAAGUGACACGCAAAUUUCCAAAGCACCCUUCGAUGGAUUUUUCAAAAGCUUAGUGCCAUUUGAAAACUCUCCCAUCUUUCUUAACGAUUGUUUUCAAUUUCUGUUUGCUAAUACGAAAGCUUUAGAUUACUUGGCGGCAAGAGAAACAACAAGAUUGAUCGAAAGAGGACGUCAAAAUAUUGUCUCCCUUCCUCCCUCAAGAUCGAGUAGUUUGACGAGUACCGAGCAAGGGCGGAGGGUUGAUUCAAUAGACACCCGCAGAGCAUCUGUGGAGAGUGAAAACGCAUCUACUGUCCUGCCUGAUUUGAACCAAAUUGAUGAGGAGCUUGGUUUGGGUGAAGAUGCUGUUUUUGAAGGGGAGGAAAACAUAAUGCACAUGGACUUAAAUUUACCGCCCUCUAGUUUUGGGCGCACAGUGAGCAAAACUGCGUCAAGUUCCAGGGAUUACGUGGAUGAGCUUCAAAGAGCUGGUUGGAAGCAGCGCAAAUCUUAUGAGAGAAGCUCAGAUAACCUAGAUGAUGUUUACGAGGAGAUCAAUUCGAUCAACACAGGCAUCCUCCCCACUAAUCUACAUGAAUGUCGCUCUAUACUCGAUGAGCGAAGCAGAAAAUUUUACGACUACAUUGAACUGCGUGCAGCAUCUGUACCACAGAAUACUGGUCAUCGUUCAUCAUUAAUGCGGCAGCUUUACUUUGAAGACAUUAUCCCUAGUAGAUUGAGCUCAGAUCACUUAUCCCAUGAGGAAGUUGGCAGUACAUCAAAUGUAAUCAAUAAAAGAAUAGCUGCAAACGCAUUCUUAACCGUUCUUCAAUUGGCAUCUAAGAGCUACAUCGAUCUAGAAGCUUGUGGGGUUGAAAAUCCACUGGAUCUUAUGGGUGGUAGCAACAUUAUCAUCUACAUUUAA